AUGGAGAACGAGAAGCCUGCCAGCAGCUCGAGAGCCUUCCCUUGCCCCUACGAGGGCUGCCACCAGGCGUUUGCAACGGCCGGACAGCUCGUCAACCACAAGAAGUUCGCUCCUGACCACGAAUACUGCGAGAGAUGCAACGAGGACUUCAAGUUCGAGGAGGACCUGCUCCUCCAUAAGAUGAAGAGCUCUAGGCACAUCAUCUGUCCCAUCUGCUUCGACGACUUCCGCAGUGAAGGUGGCCGAGACGUGCAUAUCCAGCAGUUCCACCGCGAGGAGCAGAAUAUCGAAUGUAUCGGAUGCAAGACCAAGUUCCUGCGCGCUGCUCCCCUGAUGGCGCACGUCGAGCAGGGCCGCUGCGAGAAGAUCAGCCUCGACAAGUACCGCAUGAGACGGGUCGAGAAGAAGGCCGUCAAGGAGAAGAUGAACGAACACCUCGCUACACACCACUCCUUCUUGCUCUCGUCUGCCGCUUCCAGCGUCGACGGCGGCGUUGUAGUGGCCAUCGAUAGCGUGCUGGAAGAGGGUGCCGACAAGCCAGCCGAGAUUGAAGCAAAGAAGGCCUCCAUUACUGAGAAGAUGGGUGCCAUGGGCAUUGGAGCAGGCCCGUUUGGUGGUUGUAUUGCCGCCCCAGAAUCCGUCCGCAGCAUCAAGCAGUGGCCUACUCUACGUCAAGGAGACGACGAGGACGAAGGCAGCGACCGCGGCGGGCCUUCUUCCCGCUCCAACUUCAAGGCUGACGACCUCAUGGCCUUCUCGGAGACGUCUGUUGCUAGAAGCAGAAAGGACCAGGACAGACCUUCUAUCGAGACAGUCAUCCCCCGUCCAGAGCCUCUGAGUGUGUCAGGCUCCGACUCGGGCUCUGGCUGGGAUACCUCCCGUGUCAUCCCAGCCCGCACAUUGAGCGAGCACGAGACCAGUAAAAAGAUCGCCCUGUCUGAGGUUGAGCUCAGCAAGUUCUUCAGCGAUGUUCACGGCACCUAUAUUUGCCCCUGCGACACCUCGUUCAAGACCAAGGAAGCCCUUGAGCAGCACAUUGCAUCCGGCGUCCAUGCAGCAGGAGUCGCCCGCCAGACGAGGAACUUCGGCCAAGUCAUCGACGAGAUUUCCGGAGGAAUCAUUGGGGCUGCCGGCCGUAACGACGAUGGGACGGUCCGCUUUGAGGCUGCGCCAGGGGCUAAAGAGAUCGAGUGGUAG